AUGAGCUCUAUGGUUUACGUGUGCCCCAGUGCAUAUCUUGCUUCUCAAGGUGCCGAGCAAUGGCAUAGCGAAAGCUUCAAGCCCGGGUUUGUCCCAAUUCUGAGAACCAGUUUAUUGAGAUUUAGAGAUGAGCUUGACAAAGUGGUCUCAAAGGUAAACCAACAAAAGUCAGCGCAUACAUACCAGACUUCUGACGGUGAUACUACAACUGUGGUGGAGAAACAAUCCGCUUCUGAGGUCAUCGGGCAAGUUUCUGAAGACUCGGCGCUGCAUAAUUACCGGGAUCUAAAGCAGUUUUUACCAAUCACGCUUGAACAGCAGCUAUGCACCAUUUCCGUGAAGGGUCUUCCGAGUACGUUGGUAGAGACGCAAAUAGCCGAGUUUGUAAACGUGUUGGAAGGUCUUACAACAGAAAAAGUGGGAAUUACGAAAGUAUUGCAUAGUUGGAGUUUUUUUAAAGGAUUGGAUUCUACGGCUCUUCUUCUGAGAUGUACUGACUUGAAACAAUUACCAUCAGUGCUUGCAUUUUGGAAUCACCUUUUCUCUCGAUGGUCCGAAAAGGACGAUAUCCUUAAACUAAGUUUGCAUCAAGACGAAAACACAACACGAUUUUUCAAAGAUCAUAUGGAAGAUGCGACUGAUGAGGUUCCGGAAGCUGAAGUGGACGGGCAAAUCACAAUUUUGGGCAAUUUUUUGAAGAACUUGAAACAGUCAGAUUCACAAGCGGGUGAGGAGAACCUGUCGGUAGAUUAUCAUGUAGAUGUCAGCACUUUGAGCGAUUUGCCGCGAUCCUCGCUUGAACAGCUUUGCAAAGACGUUGUGCAUUUUCGAACGCGUGUCGUAACGAUCGAGAAGGAGAAGCGCGCUAAAGCGGAGUACGAGGAAAACAAGCGCAUGGGACAACAUAUGAAGAACGUUUUUGACCAAAUCCGCAAGAGCAAAGGUAACGCUAAACUAGCAGAAGAUGACGAAGAAUUCGACGGUUUAGAGGAUGAUGAUGCUGGAUAUUUAGAAGAUGACCUGGUGGUAGAAAAACGUGAACAAGAAAAAUUGCAAAUGGACUCGGACCGCUUGUUUACGGAACUACUGGAUAAUCUUGCCACUAAGAUUGAGCCACGGCUGCAAAAGCUACAGCAGCAACUAGCGCAUGAAAACAGCUAUGAACAGACACUCGAAAAGGAGAGGCCGCUCUAUUUGAAAGAAUUAUUGCAUUUGGCUUACAGCCCGUACUACGAUCAUCAUCGGUCUUUCAAAGACGAGGAAAUUCGUCGCGAUAACAAGGACCGGGAUGUAAACGGAAUAGCAGAGCCUUUGGUGGACGAAACUGUGGAGAAGAAAGAAAUGCCUCUGGUAUCUGAGCCCAGUAAAUUUAAGCUGCAGAUUAGUAAACCAAAGGAGGAGGAAGAAAAAGAUAAUGGAAAACUGCUACAAUCUGGCGAAGACUUGGAUAUGCUUUUGCAAAAAUUGCGCGAUUCAAACCUGGUGCGCGAUUUGGCAAUCGAAUUUUUAGGCGAGACCGAUCAAGAUUUGGAAGAUUAUAUUUUCGAUCAUCUUAAGGAGCAUGCCAGUAGGGCUGAAUUACUCGCCGAGCUGCGAGAAACUUUUGACGAAGACGCGGAGGUGAUUGUGGAUCGGAUUUGGAGCAAACUCGAGAGCUUGAGCAGUUAA